UUCACUUCGUCAAAUUGAAAAUCGCGCGAGUUUACCGUAUAAUUCGAAAAUAUCACAGUAUGUCAAAUACGAAGAGAAUUUAACGUCCGAAUUCAAGUACAGACUUUAGGACAGACUUUUAAUGAGUCAAUUCAUUUCGGUACAAGUUGGACAAUGUGGAAAUCAAAUUGGUUCAGCAUUUUGGCCUUUGGCGUUACACGAGUACGGUAUACAAACAACGAAUACUGGGAUGAAUUUACUUAAGACGCAACGAAGCCACAUUAAAGAUAUGAGCGAUUUGUCUGAUGCGUUUGAUAGUUUCUUUGUUAUACCUGAGAAUACACGCGAUUUAUGCUUUAAAAGUAUAACCGACUUAAAACGAGCUAAAGUCAGAGCUAGGGCAAUAUUGAUAGAUAUGGAGGAUAGUGUCAUAGGAGGGUUAAGGAGAGGACCUGUGCGUGACUUGUUUGAUCAAACUUCCAUUGUAACAAAUUAUCCAGGCUCUGCGAAUAAUUGGGCUGUAGGUUAUCAUACCUAUGGUACAGAGUAUCAUGAUAAAUUAGAAGAUACUAUCAGACGUAUGGCAGAAGAAUGUUCUAGGUUACAUGGUUUUCUAAUAAUGCAUUCUCUUGGAGGUGGUACUGGUUCUGGAUUAGGAACAGCUGUUCUAAAGCUACUGGCCAAUAAUUAUCCUACUGUAGAUAGACUAGUAUCUUGCGUAUAUCCAAUUGUUAUGCAAGAUGUUGUUACAGCUCCAUAUAAUGUAUUGUUGUCAACUCGAGAGCUUAUAGAUUAUGCGACUUGUGUAUUUCCUAUUGAAAACGAAUCCCUUUUGGAUAUAUGCAAUGCACAAUUGAAAAUAAAAAGUAACACAGAUCAGAUAAACUAUAAUAUCUCGUGUAAACCAUUUCAAGAUAUGAACAGCAUUGUUGCAAAUAUGCUUCUUCAUUUAACAAGCGGAUCUAGGUUCCCUGGCAAUUUAAAUAUGGAUAUGAACGAAAUAGCGACGAAUCUUGUACCGUACCCAAAAUUACAUUAUAUAUUUAGCAGCGUUAGUCCAUUAGCAUUAUCAGCGCCGACGAUGUGCAAUAUGCGAGAAACAAAGCUGAUAGAUGAAAUAUUUACCAAUGCAUGGUCACGAAAUAAUCAAUUGAUUAAAAUAGACCCGCUACGAUCAGGUUCUAUGAUUUUAAGCGCUGCACAUAUCGCUAGAGGAAACUGCCCUGUAAACGAUUUAAAACGAAACAUCGAGAGAUUUCGGAAAAAAGUUACGUUCACGGAGUGGAGCAACGAAGCUAUGAAAGUAGGUUUGUGUUCCGUACCUCCAGCUGGGCACUCAACCUCUUUGUUGAGUCUUUUAAACUCUUCCUCGAUGAUAUCGUUAUUUAAAAACAUAAUAGAUCAGUUUACUAGACUGUAUAGAAGGAAGGCACAUGUGUAUCACUACACGCAAGUAUGCGGUUUCGAAGAAACGCAUUUCAUUGAUAGUAAAGAGGUAAUCUCAAACUUAAUUAUGCAGUACACAGAAGUGCAAAGCCAAACUCAGAAGAAUAUUUCUCGGUUACAGAUCGUUUAAAUUCUUAGAUUAGACAAUUUUAUUUAACUUGAUCUAUACAUUAACAACAU